GGCGACGCGGGCGACCGGGCCGUUCCACCGAGUCUCUCCCCGCAGUGUUCGAGCAGUACCAGAAAGCCCGGACCCAGUUCGUGCAGAUGGUGGCGGAGUUGGCGACAAGACCCCAAAACAUCGAGACGCUGCAGAACGCGGGUGUAAUGUCUUUGCUGAGGCCUCUUCUUCUGGAUGUGGUCCCGACAAUUCAACAGACUGCUGCUUUGGCUCUUGGGAGGCUAGCCAAUUAUAAUGAAGACUUAGCAGAAGCAGUUGUGAAGGGUGACAUUCUUCCACAGCUUGUUUAUUCAUUAGCAGAACAAAAUCGUUUUUACAAGAAAGCUGCUGCCUUUGUGUUACGCGCAGUUGGUAAACACUCUCCUCAGCUUGCUCAGGCAAUAGUUGAUUGUGGAGCACUGGAUACGCUGGUGAUAUGUUUGGAAGAUUUUGACCCUGGAGUCAAGGAGGCUGCAGCCUGGGCACUUGGAUAUAUUGCAAGACAUAAUGCAGAACUGUCACAAGCUGUGGUGGAUGCGGGAGCUGUUCCUCUUUUAGUACUUUGUAUCCAGGAGCCAGAAAUUGCUUUGAAAAGGAUUGCUGCUUCGGCCCUCAGUGAUAUUUCAAAGCAUUCUCCAGAGUUAGCACAGACAGUAGUGGAUGCAGGAGCUAUUGCUCACUUAGCCCAGAUGAUCCUCAACCCUGAUGCUAAAUUGAAGUGCCAGGUUCUUCUGGCUCUCAGUCAGGUUGCAAAACAUUCUGUGGACCUGGCAGAAAUGGUCGUUGAAGCCGAGAUUUUUCCAGUUGUACUUACCUGUCUGAAGGACAAAGAUGAAUAUGUGAAGAAAAAUGCUUCUACUUUAAUUAGAGAGAUUGCUAAACAUACACCUGAGCUUUCACAGCUGAUAGUUAAUGCAGGAGGAGUUGCUGCUGUGAUUGAUUGUAUCGGGUCCUGCAAAGGGAAUAUAAGGCUGCCCGGCAUCAUGAUGCUUGGUUAUGUGGCGGCCCAUUCUGAGAACCUCGCAAUGGCAGUGAUCAUUUCCAAGGGUGUACCCCAGUUGUCAGUCUGCUUGUCAGAAGAACCAGAAGAUCAUAUUAAGGCUGCUGCUGCUUGGGCCUUAGGACAGUUAGGGAGACACACUCCUGAACAUGCAAGGGCUGUUGCAGUCGCAAAUACUUUGCCAGUUCUUCUUUCUUUGUAUAUGUCACCAGAAAGCUCUGAGGAUCUUCAAGUAAAAAGUAAAAAAGCCAUAAAGAGUAUUCUACAAAAAUGCACCUACCUACCAGCCCUUGAACCAUUUCUGUAUGAUGCUCCCCCCAAUAUUCUGAAGCAUGUGGUUGGACAGUUCAGUAAGGUGCUGCCGCAUGAUAGCAAAGCUCGACGUCUUUUUGUAACCAGUGGUGGCCUUAAAAAGGUUCAAGAGAUAAAAGCUGAACCUGGUUCUCUCCUUCAGGAAUACAUCAACAGCAUCAACAACUGUUAUCCAGAGGAAGUAGUAAGUAAAUUCUUUCCAGAAUAUGAGUUUAUGUACUUUGGGGAAGUUUAUGAGAACUUUUUGACCAAAAGUGUUCCUCCAAUAAGUAUUGCUCCCCUGGAUAUUCAGACACACUUCUGCAGAGAGUGGACAACUAUCAACCACUUACUAACUAAGCAAAGUUAUAUUUUUUACUCAAAUUCGCAGCUGAGUAGUUAUGAAUAACAGUUUAUUGAAGCUCUUUCUAAAUAUUUGAACUAAGCACAUUUCAGAUUUAUUCAGUAUGAAAUACAUUUAGAUAAUGUUUUCUAAAUUUAUGUAGUACUUUAAGAAUUAGUAGCUUGAAUAUAUGAGGACUUAUUCAGUCGUUUGCAUGCAUAGAAUUUGUUCUAAAGGUAGAUUUUUUAAAAGACAUGGAAGGGUUUUAAGAUAUUUGUUCUUGUUCUAUUAAAACUACACACACGUACACAGAAGCAUGUGCACACACACACUCAUGCACAUACACAUCUCCAACUAGAUAAUAAAUAAGAGAUGGUAUUCAAAAACCCUUGGUUAUUUUUGGAUAAUUCCUUUCAGGCACAGGCAAGGAAAACUGGCUAUGCCAAUUAUACAGUAGGAUACAGAAGAGACAUAGUUGAAAGAGGAAACUGAUGACAGACAUACAAGGCAUUUUCAAAAGAUCCUGAUGCUGGUUACAUAAGUAUAUUAAACUAACAACAGAUUCCAUGAGUUACCUGCCAGUUUCCCUAAGAAUUUAGGAAAGCACUCAUCUUAAUCACAAGUUUUCAAAGCUGUCUUCUCACCCUCUCUAAAGUUUUCCUUACCUUUCACAGGGCUAUAGAGGGUAGAAGUCAGUGCUCCUACAGGCAUGCCUUCCCUCUCAUUGAAAGGUUUCUUAGUCAAGCUCUGUUCAUGAAUAAACAAACAAGCAAGCAUGUAAAAUGGGUCCUCAAUAUUUCCUUGCUUUAGCUUCACUUUCCCAAGUUUCAAAAGUUACAUUUUCAAGGACUUAAGGAAUAAUUUGAAGAGAGUACCAUCAGACUCAGAUUUUAUAUACAUUUUCACUUAAGAAGCUAUAAAGGUGUGAAAGAGGUUUUCAAUAAAAUUUUAAAUAAAAA